UGCCGGGGUCCCGCUCUUGUCUGCCAAUAUCAUCUCUCUCACUGUUUUCUCUUUUGUUUCAUUGAUUCAAUCAUGAUUUCCUUUCUACUCACACUGUGCUGAAACAUGCAGAUUGAAGAUGGGAGACAAGGUCUAGAGCCGCUGCCGAAUUGAAUGCAUAAAUAAACAAAUCUUUCUUUUUUGGAGUUUAUUUGUAUGUAGAUACAUAUAUAUAGUAGAGGGUAGAGAUGGCUGGAAUGCUUCCUGGUGUGGAAUGUGCUCGAAGGAGACGAUUCCACCAGAGUGGAGGCUGCUCGGACUCUCCGACGGUGGCGGUCCACGGCUGCACAAGGCGGUCCUCUUUCUGUCUCUAUACAAGCAACCAUGAAAACCACCACGCCACUUCAAGCUCUUCUAUGCAAAGAAGCGUAUUGAACCAAGCAUACAGCGACGAGAAACUGGGAGGCGUGGCGAGAGAAGCCAAGGAAAGAUUGGAUGAGAGGCUGAGAACCCAAAGAAAAUCAGAACCCACGAGGAAUAAGAGCAAGGAAAGCUUGAGGAUAGUAGAUGGAAGAGCCAUGGUGGUAGGAGAACUGCAGACAGAGGUGUUUGGAUCAAAGAGGAGUGGUUCAAAGAGAUUCAGCUGGGGCAAGUUGAGCUGGAAGGCCUCAGACCAAGUGGAGUGCGCGAUCUGCCUGGAGGGGUUCAAGGCUGGCGAGAGCCUGGUGCACCUGCCCUGCGCUCACCGUUUCCACUCAAGGUGUUUGAUGCCAUGGCUGGAGACUAAUGCCCAUUGUCCAUGUUGCAGAAUGGGGAUCUUUGUUUCUUAACCAAAUCGUUCAAUACUUUUUCUUCUCCUUGAUUUCUCCUCUCUCUUUCUCUCUGGAAAGACAUUCUUGUAGUUUGUUUGGGUUGGUGAGCAGCAAGUUGUGAGGUUUGUCUAAGAAUCUACUAUCUCCUGUUGUAAUUAUUUUCUAAAUUUGUAAAAGGUAUUCUGGGUUUCAAGCAAGUACACCAGAAUAAUAAUCUUCAAUAAACUUACCCUUUCUAUGAUUCUUA